CUCUCUUUCUUUUCAGAUCGCAGUCGCCGCAUUAAUGAAAACAAAUAGACAAUUGAGUUGAAUUUUAAAAGAAGGAAAAUUUUAACCAAAAAAAAAACAGUAUGACUAGUGAAAGUGCUUUAUCGAAACUCGUAAUGGGAAAAGAAACUCUAUCAAGUAUUGAAUUAUCAAGUGAAAGUGAUGCAGAAGACGAUCUGAUUACACUCAACGGAUGCGGUGUACAAACGGUAUGGCGCUUCCCAACAGAUCUGAAGCAUUGUCCAAAUCUACGUUGUGGCCUCGAGUUUGGCGUUCGAUCCGAUGUAAUUGUUCAUUACAAAAAGUGCCACGCCAGCCAUUCGAUCCUUUGUCCGAUAUGCGACAAACCAAUUUCUGCACAGUCAUCAAAAGAUUUCAAGUCACACCAUAAAAAAAUCCAUCCAAAUGAAGAACUGCCAUAUGAUUUAGGCGCAAAGAGAAAACGAAAAGCCAAGAGCUCCAUCGAAACGAAGAAUAAGAAAAAGGACGAGCGAACUGAAUCUGAAACAUAUUCCGAAGCAGAAAAUGAAGAUAGUAAUGUAGAUGACUUAAUCACACUAAAUGGGUGUGGUCAUAUCACCCAAUGGCAAUUUCCCCGCAAUCAAAAACAUUGUCCAUCCCAUACGUGCUGUGAAGUAUUUAAAUCUCGAUCGGCAGCAAUCUCUCACUACCAAGAAAAGCAUGCCGAUCAUUCGAUUCUCUGUAGCAUCUGUAACAAACCUAUUGCACUGAGCGUUACCAAUGGAAGGUACCAUAGUCGCCAUAACAUUUUAAACCAUUAUGAAAGGAUGCAUCCAAACACGAAAGUUCCAUACGAUUUUGGAGAUUGCAACGAAGUAACGGAAGCGACGGAAGAUGGCAAUUUCGAGUCUGUGAAUGAUGACCAAAAAGAUCUCCUUUGUCCGCUGAAGGAUUGCAAUUUCAAAUGGAAGCGAACGGUUGAAUUGCGUGAACAUUGGAAUAGAGCGCAUUCAUAUUUGCGAUUUCCCGAACUCCGGGAGGAAAGCGAAUUCACGUACAGUACCACCGAAAGUGAAGAAAAUGUCCACUGUCCCGUGUCAUCGAGUGCAUCAGUUCAACCAUCAGUAUCUACUAUGGAAGCAGAAUCGUCAUCGAAUGCCUUCACGACGGGGGCAUCGUCGAACACAUCUGAUGGUAUGGAGCCAGAAUCAUCAACAACUGCAUAUACAACUGAGCCGAAAUCAUCGUCAUCAUCGAAUUGGCGUACAACGGAGCCAGAAAUGACAUCCACAUCCACAAUGGAGCCUGAGACGUCAGCGAACGAUGCAUAUACCGGGACUGAAUUAAGCACCCAAGAAGAAUCAUCAAUCUCGAUCGUUCAACGGGAUGAUUUUGGAUCGGAUGAUAGUUUAUUGGAACCUUUUCGAACUAGUGACAUAGGCGAUAGCUCAUCAUCUCAAGACUCAUCGAAUGAAGACGAUUUGGAUUGUACUCAAUGCAAUCGAUCGUUUCAGAGUGUUGCUGGCUUGCGAAGACAUUCGAUGAUCCAACACAACAUCCAUUCAAUUCGAUCAGGGCACACAGUUCAAAAAAGGAAGCGACCGAAACCGAGCUCAUCGGAAAGCAGCAGUACCACGGGUCAUAUGAUCAUAAAAAAAGAGAAAAUGGAAUCCAAUGAUUCUGAUGACGAUAACAUUCCACUAACGGAACUCAUGAAGGCCAAUUCGCAAAACGAUAUGCUGCUUGAAAUGGAAUGCAUGGUUGUAAUAGAAAAAAUGAACCCUAUACCUAGUAGAACACCGAGCUUAGUAUCAACACAAAUAGAUGCAGAAGAAGAAAAUCUAGGGGAAGAAGGAGAAAUGGUAGAGGCCCAAGCCUAUGAUGUAGUUCAAGAGGAAGAAGUAGAUGAAAAACCGUUGGAUUUGUCGAUUCGUAUGCGGCAAGUGGAUGAUACAGACAUUAUUUCAAUAUCUGAUACCGAGGAUGUACCCAUCAUUAUUUCCGAUGAUUCAGAUAACGAAACAGAUACUGAAUUAGGCAAAGCACAAAAUGAACAACAAAUGAAUCGACAAGCAGAUCACAUGGAACGUGCUGAGCGCGUUGAAUCGACCGAUACUUUCAUAGAAAUCAUUCAGGCAAGUGGACAUGUCUCCCAAACCGACCAAGAAGCAGAAAACAAAGGAAAUGAAGAAAACAUACAUUGUCAGGCCCAAUCACCAAGUAUGAGAAGAAAAGUAUGUCCCAUCAAUUUUCCUGUUCAAAACCAAAAUCUUUAAGUACAACGGACCAAAGUCAUUGAAAGAAGAGGCUAACCUAAUCUAACACCAAAUAUUCCACCCUUUUUUUACUUUAAACAUUUCGUACAAAUAAACCACCUUCAUCAAUAAGUUAGUGUUAAGUUUACAAACAACAACAUAUAAUUGCUAUUUAGUGUGUAAUUUUUGAAAUAAAAUGAUCCAAAGAAUAAAUCAUAUCCCAAAAGUUGCUCACAAAA